AUGGGCAACACCACGAGCGCAGUGCUGGACAACAUUGUCCAAGGGUCUAACUUCGACCGGGAUGAAGUUGAUAGGCUACGGAAGAGGUUUAUGAAACUGGACAAGGACAACUCUGGCACAAUCGAGCGGGAAGAGUUCUUGAGCCUACCACAAAUAUCCUCAAACCCACUCGCCACAAGGAUGAUAGCGAUCUUCGACGAAGACGGCGGUGGUGAUGUUGAUUUCCAAGAGUUCGUUUCGGGGUUAAGCGCGUUCAGCAGCAAGGGCAACAAGGAGCAAAAGUUGCGAUUCGCGUUCAAGGUGUACGACAUCGACCGGGACGGCUACAUCAGCAACGGCGAGCUGUUUAUUGUGCUGAAGAUGAUGGUUGGCAACAACCUCAAGGACCAGCAGCUGCAGCAGAUUGUCGACAAGACAAUCAUGGAGGCAGACACGGAUGGCGAUGGAAAGAUCAGCUUCGAGGAGUUCCAGGCUGUUGUUGCGGCCACCGAUGUGAGCAUGAGCAUGACACUAGACCAAUUCUAG